CUCACACAGAAGAAUGCCAGUACACGCGCAUUCCCUUCUCUCUCUUACAAGUUACAAGAAGCAUCCAGUCAUCCACCCAACUGUCGGCGGGUGUGCUCGUGAUUCUCCCUCAAUCUCUCCGUCUUUCCUCGCUCUCCGACAAUUUUAGUUUCUUCCAUCAUCGCUCUCUAAACAACGCGUGGCACCCAGAUCUUAUGUCUCGAAACACAUUCUCUGAGUUUUGAGUGCUAUUUUGAUCCUUUCAAUUGCUACUGCCUCUUCUUCUGUUUGGGAAGACUGCUGGGUCUAAGUGUUGGAGCAAUCCGGGGGGAGAGAGGAAUGCUGUGUAGCCGGAAAAUGUUUAGCCUUUUUAUAAAGAAAGAUGUGAGGAAGAUACUGAAACGUAAGGACAGUGAUGCCGGAGAAAAAGGAAGAGCCUUGGAAGAUCUUCGUGCUUCAUUGUAUAAUGAGCUGCGUUCUUCUGAAGGUGCAAAGCGUCAGCAACAACGAAUAUGUGGUCCAACCAUAGCACUUACAUUCAAUUUCUUGGUUUCUGUUGGGAUAAUAUUGAUGAACAAAUUGGUCCUUGGCAAAGUUGGAUUCAAUUAUCCUAUCUUCCUAACAUUCAUCCACUAUGUAUUGAGCUGGUUUUUAAUGGCUAUUCUCAAUGCCCUUUCACUGCUUCCUGCAUCCCCACCCUCCAAAUCGACCCCAUUCUCUUCUCUUUUGGCUCUUGGCAUUGUUAUGUCUCUCUCCAAUGGCCUUGCUAAUGUCAGCUUGAAGUACAAUAGUGUGGGUUUUUAUCAGAUGGCUAAGAUUGCUGUAACCCCAACAAUUGUUCUAGCAGAAUUUUUGCUUUUUCAGAAGACAGUUUCAUGCCAGAAGGUUUUAGCACUUACUGUAGUAUCUAUCGGUGUUGCUGUGGCUACUGUUACAGAUCUCCAAUUCCACCUCUUUGGUGCUUGUGUAGCAUUGGCAUGGAUAAUACCCAGUGCAGUCAAUAAGAUCCUAUGGUCAAAUCUACAACAGCAGGAAAACUGGACUGCUUUGGCGUUAAUGUGGAAGACCACACCAAUCACUUUGUUCUUUUUGGUGACUUUAAUGCCAUGGCUCGACCCCCCAGGUGUUUUAUCCUUUAAUUGGACCUCUAGUAGCACAGUGACAAUCCUUAUGUCAGCAGUCCUUGGAUUCUUGCUUCAGUGGUCAGGUGCUUUAGCAUUGGGGGCAACUUCUGCUACCACUCAUGUUGUUCUUGGGCAGUUUAAGACAUGUGUCAUACUUCUUGGAGGCUUCCUUCUCUUUGGUUCUAAUCCUGGCAUAACAAGUAUAUGUGGUGCAGUUACAGCCUUGGCUGGUAUGUCUGUAUAUACUUAUCUUAAUCUUCUCGGUUCACACCAGCAACCAAACAAGACAUCUCCUAGACAAGCAUCCUUCUCUUUGGUAAAAUCUAAAUUGAGCAAAGAAAAUGGUGAGAUGCAUGAUGGAGAUAUUGAUGGGGAAUCUGUAUGAAGUGGACUUGGAAAUCUGAUUCUGGUGAGGCUGACUUAAACAUGAUAAGAUAAAUUAGUUACUAACCCUCUUCUCUGAUGUUUAUAUUACUGUCCUUCACCUUUUCUUUCAGUCUGGAAAAUGCAACGACAUAUGAUGUAGAUCAAUUACCCUUGUUGGGCAUAUUAGGUUUACCAACAUAUUAAGGGUCUUCAGUCUUCACAAGGGAAAACCCUUCCAAGUUUUCCAACUUAGGCUUCAAAUAGUUAUACCUUUUUUUUUGUCUUCGUACCUCAGGUUACAAUUGUUUAUCUUACAUAUAUAUAAUUGAAUUCAGAGCUUGUGAAUACAAAAUUCAUUUGAUUUGCUAUUGACACUUUUCCGAUUAUUCCA